UCUGCCCAGUGAGAAGCAUUCGACGUAGCCGUCAAAUAGACCUCGAUUUAGAUGCUUUCCUCAAUGUUUCUUACUGGGUAGUCACUUAGGGAAUAAAUAUCAGAAUGUCACCCUAUACAAGAACAUUACAAUUUGGUUUUUAGACAUAUUUUCCUAUUUAAAUUCCAGUUAAUAUGGAGAGUGCCAAAUUUGUAUUAGAGAAAGAUGAGACAAACUCUAAGAAGGACAAAAGCAUUUGGCGAGCAAAUAUUAACACUCCAGAUGAAGUGGAAGAUUGGCUUAAGGAGUAUAAAGCAGCUUCUCAAACAGACUGGAUCGUGAAAGAUGAACCUAAAGGUCUCCAAAGGGUUGAAUUUCAUAAGUAUUGGCAGUGUCACCUCAGCAAAAGAAAUAAGGUGGAAAAGUCCAAAAGAAAUAAAAUAUGUCCUGUUAAGCUUGAUAUCAAAAUUAAAAAAAUUAAUCGCUUUACUAUCAGAAAUGACCCUAAAUAUCUUGGAAGAGAGAUACCUUUGCCAGCAGUUAUAACAAUGUCAAAUGAUCAUACUCACCCUACUAAGGGAUGCUUUGAGACCCUUGGUUACUUGAGAAUUUCAGAGGAAACUACUGAAAUUUUUUACAAGUACUUUGAUGAAGGGCUGAGUCCUGGAGCUGCUUAUCGUAUGAAUGACUUGUCAGUGAAGCUGAGGCCCAACAGUGGUGAACUGAGAGCAAAUUCUUCUGUAAAUCCUACGAUAAGAAUGGUGCAACAUUUAUUUGACAAUUGGAGGAGAAGUGAAUUUGGACAAAGCUGGGGAACUGAUCCGUUUCCUAAAUUAAGAGAAAAAAUCCCUGCUUAUGAAGCUGAAGGUACAUCAAUCCAUAUUGAUGACUCUGACAGUGAGUGCUGGGCUUGUGUAGUUGUAACACCAAUCAUGAAACGGGCACAAAAGUUGGCUUCUUCUGGGGAAAUUAUUUUUACUGAUUCUACCAGUAAUGUAGAAUUCACUCAAAGCACUUUUACACUCAUGCUAACAGCAACUAAGGGUGGAGCUGUGCCAAUAGCAGUGCUCAUUCACAGUGCGCAAACCACUGCUUGCUACAUCAAGGCUUACAAGCUGUUGAAGGAUAACUAUCCAAACUGCUUUGGAGGAAAAGAAGUGAGUACUUUGUCAGAUGUGAUUCAUAAAUUAAUAUAAUGUAGUACAGAGUAUGGGCUUUGGGCUUACAAUGUAUAAUAAUAUUUUUAUUUUUUUUUCAU